CGGAAUUAUCGAAUGAGGAGAGGAAUCUUCUCUCAGUUGCGUAUAAAAAUGUUGUAGGAGCCCGUAGGUCAUCUUGGAGGGUCGUCUCAAGUAUUGAACAAAAGACGGAAGGUGCUGAGAAAAAACAGCAAAUGGCUCGAGAAUACAGAGAGAAAAUUGAGACGGAGCUAAGCGAUAUCUGCAAUGAUGUACUGUCACUUCUGGAAAAAUUCUUGAUCCCCAAUGCUUCACAAGCAGAGAGCAAAGUCUUCUACUUGAAAAUGAAAGGCGAUUACUAUCAUUUGGCAGAGGUUGCUGCUGGUGAUGACAAGAAAGGGAUUGUGGAUCAGUCACAACAAGCAUACCAAGAAGCUUUUGAAAUCAGCAAAAAGGAAGUGCAACCAACACAUCCUAUCAGAUUGGGUCUGGCCCUUAACUUCUCUGUGUUCUAUUAUGAGAUUCUUAACUCCCCGGAGAAAGCUUGCUUUCUUGCAAAGACAGCUUUUGAUGAAGCCAUUGCUGAACUUGAUACAUUAAGCGAAGAGUCAUACAAAGACAGCAUGCUAAUAAUGCAGCUACUGAGAGACAACUUGACAUUGUGGACAUCGGAUACCCAAGGAGAUGAAGCUGAAGCAGGAGAAGGAGGGGAAAAUUAACCAGCCUUCCAACUUUUGUCUGCCUCAUUCUAAAAUUUACACAGUAGACCAUUUGUCAUCCAUGCUGUCCCACAAAUAGUUUUUGUUUACGAUUUAUGACAGGUUUAUGUUACUUCUAUUUGAAUUUCUAUAUCUCCCAUGUGGUUUUUAUGUUUAAUAUUAGGGGAGUAGAGCCAGUUAACAUUUAGCGAGUUACCUGUUUUCAUCCUGAGAUGGCCAAUAUGGGGAUGUGGAAUUUUUAUACAAGUUAUAAAUGUUUGGCGUAGUACUUUUGGUGCAUUGUGGCUUCACACGGGCCAGUGUUAAAACUGCUUCCAUGUCUAAGCAAAGAAACUGCCUACAUAUUGGUUUGUCCUGGUGGGGGAUAAAAGGGAUCAUUGGUUUCAGUCACAGGGGUAGUUACUGUGGGUACUUUAGGGUUUGGAGCACUUACAAAGCUGUAGGAGAAGUAGAUACACCAUGAAUAAUACAUGUUGAACCAUAUGUGUAUCUAUGGAAUAAACAAUCUCAGUGUGCACACGUUUGGCUACAGCUGCAGAAGUGUUCCUUUAGACAAAAUUGUGACCCAGUUUACUCUGGAGAAGGGCAGAAACGGUUCACAUUCCAAGUUACCUGCUGUUUGCUUUUAUUAUUUUUGCUACACUCAUUUUAUUUGUAUUUAAAUGUUUUAGGCAACCUAAGAACAAAUGUACAAGUAAAGAUGCAGUAAAAAUGGAUUGCUUGGUAUCCAUUAUUUCGUGUAUAUCAAGCACAGCAGUAAACAGAAAAACCCAUGUAUUUAACUUUUUUAGGUUUUUUUUGCUUUUGUGAUUUUUUUUUUGAUACUUGCCUAACAUGCAUGUGCUGUAAAAAUAGUUAACAGGGAAAUAACGUGAGAUGAUGGCUAGCUUUGUUUAAUGUCUUAUGAAAUUUUCAUGAACAAUCCAAACAUAAUUGUUAAGAACAUGUAUUAAAUUGAUGUAAGUGGAAUAAAAGUUUUAUGAAUGG